AUGCCCCUGGCCUUCAGCGAACCCAGCACGCCGGUGUUGAGCCGACAAAACACCUACACUCGCCAUCACUCGCGGCGCGACACACACCCGCACCUGCUAUCGUCGCGUCGGAAGCCUCGAAGAUGGCCCUUGGUUCUUCGAUUCAUAAAAGGGGCUAUUCAUUUAGAAGUAUUGGUGCCAGUCUUGCUGCACUCCCUAUUCACAGCCUUCGUCGUGUACCUCGACACCUAUGUCUUCGAUACAGUGGGAAUCCCCAACAGCAUCAUCCCUUCCCUCUCCAUCGUCGUGGGUCUGAUCCUCGUCUUUCGAAACCAGACAUCCUAUAAUCGAUUCUGGGAUGGUCGCAAUGGAAUGACCACCAUGAAUACAUGCGUGCGCAACCUUGUACGCACUAUCGCUACAAACAGCUACAGCACCACCCGAGGACCCCCAACUCCUGCUGAACGGGAAGAUAUCGAGCGCACUAUACGCAUCUUGAUGGCCAUUCCAUUUGCAGUUAAGAACCAUCUACGCGCAGAGUGGGGUGCUGCAUGGGCGAUAGGGGGGAUCUUUGGAAAUGAUGUCGAUGAACGAGGCACGGCUGCCUUCAACCCAGAUUAUGCGGGCUUGCUGCCCUCUGGGCUCCAAGGUCAUGAAGAUGAGGGGCUGGGCUUGCCUUUCCAGUUAACCUUCUUGGUGGACGGCUUUAUCAAACGUGGUGAACAGAGGGGCUGGUAUCCUGCCCCUGGCGCGAGCCAGAUGCAGGCCCAGUUGAACUCGCUUCUUGAUGCCUAUGGACGCAUGGAAACGAUCAAAUUGACGCCUAUGCCAGUGGCCCACCUUAUUCAUCAAAAGCAAGUGCUUGCACUAUUCGGAUGUGUGCUUCCAUUUGCUAUGGUCGAUGAAAUGGGGUGGUGGGCUAUCCCAAUUGUCAGCUUAGUGAUGUUCACACUGUAUGGGAUCGAAGGAAUUGGUUCGCAACUGGAGGAUCCAUUUGGAUAUGACAGAAAUGAUAUCAAGAUGGAUGCUUUAGUUGGCGACUCGAAGACCGAGAUCGAUGUUGUCUUGAGAGAGUGGCGAGCUCAUUGCAAAGCCACAGAUGCCAUCUGGAGAACUAACCGCCAAAACCAUGGGAAUAGAUGCCAUGAUGGUGAGAAUAGUUUGGCCGGCGAGGAAAAGAUGUUCUUGCAGCAAGAUCUCUUCUUAAGAGUCAGGCCAACAAGCGCCAUCUAA